AUUGAUAGAAUUGAUCAGAGGUGAGCUGCUGGAAGAUUGUCAGGUAUUUUCAGUGAGGAAAAUAAAAUGGGAGAAAAUUUACGCGAAUUAUGAUAAGAAGAGAGAGGAUAUGGAGAGGUUGUACCGGAAAAUGUUCAUUGCCACGACGGGGUUGUAUUUUGCGUAUAUCGGUAGAAACGCAUUCAACGAACUUCUGGAAGGGAAAAAUAGAGCUGAAAGGAAAUGGCCAACCCCCUACAUUUACUGGUGCCCCCCCGGGUAUGAUUCGUUCUACAUCUUCGUCCUCCUAGAAAUUCUACACAUCUAUGUUUUCUCAUUCAUGUUGGCCGAGGCAUUUUGUUUCAUGCUUUCAACGUGUUUGGCUACCGAACGGGUUCUUGCCGAUUUUCAAACCAUCUACAUGCUAAUCGAAGAUUUGUCUGAGAGUUUCAUCGAGCGUGACAUUGGAUUCGAUAUGAAUAGCUUGCAAUCCAACCAGGAAAUUGAUUAUGACAGUCGAAACAUGAUGAGAGAUCUCGAGAAUUAUAUGACUCUAUUGAUACAGUGUCAUCAGAAACUCAACAGUAACUUCAAAUACUGUUCAGAAUACUCGGCAUUUGGGAGUCUCGCAAUAACAUUUCCUAUAAGCGUUGACACUGUUAUCAGUAUAUAUACUAUGAUGAAGGCAACCAAUGUAAAAAUAUUUGUGAAUUUUGCGGUAGCAUGCUUCUUUAUCAAUUUGAUAAUACUUUUCUGCUAUCAUAAUGGCCAGAAGAUUGUCAAUCAGAAUGAUAUUUUGCGCCAGUGUCUAAGAGAUGUGCCCUGGAUAGACAAGCCACAAUGGUUUAAGACCUCACUUUGCAUCAUGAUGAGGCGAGCUAAUAUCGAUACAGAGAUGAAGCCUUACAAUAUAGUUGUGCUAAAUCAUGAGUCCUACAAAAAUAUACUGAAAGCAGCAUUCUCAUAUGGAAAUAUAAUUUACUCUGUAAAAUCCAACAAAUAAAGAAAGUAUAUAACGUGUUAAAUUUAUGAAAAAUCAAAAUGAAUAAACAAUCUCUCUUUAAAUAGUGUUUAAUUAACUUACUACUUUGCACAUUUCUCCUAUAAAUUAAUGUAAAAUACAUUUUUUUUAUUCGAAUGAUAUUCAUUUUUUCAAAAUCUAGUAAUCGACUUGUCUCAAUAAUGCAACUUUGUAGAAGGAAGGAGCGCAUCGAUUUUCAAUUUGGCAUGGAUCAUGUAUGGUACAUAUGAGUUACUUUAUGCUCUUAUCUUGAGGCAUGAUAAAAAAAACUUCAGAAACUAUAGAAACACUUUUAUUGAACAUUUAUAACUUAUAUAUUAGAAAUCGACAGAAAAAUGUACAGAAUAUUACAAAAGUAAAUCUGAAAAUUCACUGUCAGUAUCCAUAUUGUGGUCAACAAUUUUCUGAAUAACUGGUAUAAGAUCUGAUAAUAAAUCAAUUUAAUUUAA